ACUAGUUGCUACGUACAGACAAGAUGUGGCUGAGACCGGAGGAGGUGCUGCUGAAGAAUGCAUGGAAGCUGUGGGUGACCGAGACCUCCAACCCGUACUUCGUGCUGCAGAGGAGAAGAGGUUAUAGGGAGGAAGGAGGGGGACUCGCAGGUCUUCUUGUGGGAACUCUUGAUGCCGUUUUAGAUUCAACUGCUAAAGUAGCUCCAUUCAGGAUUCUUCACCAAACCCCUGACUCCCAGGUCUACUGGUCUAUUGCGUGUGCUGCUAGCCAAGAUGAGAUUAUAAAGCACUGGCAAUGGCUGGAACAAAAUGUUAUGAAGAUACUGUCUGUAUUUGACUCGAGUGAUGACAUAACCAGUUUUGUCCAAGGCAAAAUCAGAGGGCUCAUUGCUGAAGAAGGAAAGGCCUCGUUUAUAAAAGAAGAGGAUCCUGAAAAAUUUCGGGAAGCACUGUUAAAGUUUGAAAAAUGCUUUGGAUUGCCAGACCAGGAGAAGCUGGUGACCUACUUCUCGUGCAGUUACUGGAGGGGAAGAGUGCCUUGCCAGGGAUGGUUGUAUCUCAGCACAAACUUCCUAAGCUUCUACUCCUUCCUGCUGGGAGCUGAGAUUAACCUGAUCAUCUCAUGGGAUGAGAUCUCCAGACUGGAGAAGACCUCUACAGUUCUGCUCACAGAGAGUAUCCAUGUUUGCUCUCAGGGGGAGGACCAUUAUUUCUCUAUGUUCAUGCACAUUAAUGAAACAUUCCUCCUAAUGGAACAACUGGCCAGCUAUGCUAUCGGAAGACUUUUUGAUAAGGAAACAUUUGAAAAUGAUCCAAUACUGAAUGAUCCUCAACAAAUCACAAAAAGAGGUCUGGAAAGCCGUGCACACAGUGAGCGUUUUGCUACAUACUUCAGACUGCCCAAAGAAGAGACGUUGAAAGAGGUGCAUGAAUGUUUCCUAUGGAUACCCUUCAGCCACCUAAAUACAGUGGGGAAGAUGUGCAUUUCUGAGAACUACAUUUGCUUCGCUAGCCACGAUGGCAACCUUUAUAGCACAAUCAUACCUUUACGAGAGAUUACCGGAUUAGAAAGGACUGAUGUGGCAACAAGGGCUAUCACCAUUAGCACAAAAGGGAAGAAUAUAUUUCGUUUCACAGAUGUUCGAGACUUUGAAUCUUUGGUGGCAAGAUUGAGGUCAAGAUGUGCAGUAACAAGUCCCCAGCACACAGCAUACAGUGAGACUGGCUACAUUCCUACUGCAGCAGAGUUCCCAGAAAAGCAUCCUAUGGUGGGUCCAAAAGGCACUAGCAAGACUGUGAGCACAGAAGCCCUAAUGACUGUGUUUCAUCCUCAGGAUGCAGAGAACCUUGAUCCAAUAAUGCUGAAAGAAAAAAUGAAGGAGCAGUCUUGGAAUAUUCUGUUCACGGAAUGUGGUCGUGGCAUCAGCAUGUUUCGUACCAAAAGAACUAGGAAUUUAGUUGUUAAGGGCAUUCCCGAGGCUUUGCGAGGAGAGCUUUGGUUACUUUUCUCAGGUGCAGUUAAUGACAUGGCAGGUAACCCAGGCUACUAUUCGGAAAUUGUGGAAAAGUCUCUCGGCACUUGUACUCUGGCAACUGAUGAAAUCGAGCGAGAUUUGCGCAGAUCACUGCCAGAACAUCCAGCGUUUCAGAGUGACACUGGCAUCUCUGCAUUAAGAAGAGUGCUGACAGCAUAUGCAUACAGGAACCCUAAAAUUGGAUAUUGUCAGGCAAUGAAUAUUCUCACUUCUGUCCUACUUCUGUAUGCCAAAGAGGAGGAGGCGUUUUGGCUGCUAGUGGCUGUGUGUGAACGAAUGCUGCCAGAUUACUUCAACAGGAGAAUUAUAGGUGCAUUGGUGGAUCAGGCAGUAUUUGAAGAACUCAUCAGGGAUUAUUUGCCCCAGUUGACUGAUCACAUGACGGACAUGACCUUUUUCUCCUCCGUGUCCCUCUCAUGGUUUCUUACCCUAUUUAUUAGUGUCUUGCCUAUUGAGAGUGCCGUCAAUGUGGUGGACUGCUUCUUUUAUGAUGGGAUCAAAGCCAUCCUUCAGCUUGGACUGACUGUUCUGCACUUUAACAUUGACAAGCUGCUGGUCUGUAAAGAUGAUGCUGAGGCCGUCACUAUACUUAACCGGUUCUUUGAUAAUGUUGUCAACAAGGACAGCCCUCUGCCUUCAUCUGUGCAACAAGCAUCUUCUGCCUCUGAAAGAAAAGGCAACAGUGUGAAAGUGAAUAUUACAGACCUUAUCAGGGAAUCCAAUGAGAGAUUUGGAGCUAUUCGUUAUGAGGAUGUAGAAAGCAUGCGUGCCAGAAACCGGCUGUAUGUCAUCCAGACUUUAGAAAUGACAACUAAACAAAACGUGGUUCGAGUUUUGUUGCAGGAUGUCAAAUUCAGUUCUGCUGACUUAGAGGAGCUUUAUUAUUUAUUCAAGAGAGAACACUUCAUGUCUUGUUACUGGAGUUUGAACAACAGCAGAAUCCUUAGUCACCAUGACCCAAGUCUACCAUAUUUGGAACAGUAUCACAUAGACUGCCAACAGUUCCGUACCCUAUACCAUCUGCUCAGCCCCUGGGCAUAUUCUCCUAGUUUAGACUCUCUUGCACUGUGGACAUUCCGUCUGUUGGAUGAAAACUCAGAUGGUCUCAUUAAUUUUAAGGAAUUUGCUUUUGCUUUUGAUGUGUUAUUCAAUGGCAGUUUUACUGACAGACUCAAGCUGCUUUUUAAAAUGCACAUACCUCCAGCUUUUACUGAAGUGGGUACUUUAAGCCCCUCAGAGGAAGCCAAGCUUUCCAAAGAAGAUCUUAUGCAUUUCAGCCAACUUCACGUAACAUCUCCUACAGAAAAUCAAAGUCCUGAAGACAAAACAAAGAGCCCUGAAAAAGGAAAAGGGAAAAUUGAUAUUCAGGCAUAUCUAAAGCAAUGGCAAGAUGAACUGGUGCGUAAGGAGGAAAGCAUUAAAGACUUACCCAGAAUGAACCAGUCCCAGUUUAUCUACUUUUCAAAGACUUUGUACAACUUAUUUCAUGGAGAUCCUGAAGAAGAACUGUUGUAUCGUGCCAUUGCUGCUGUGACCAGCCUCCUCCUGCGAAUGGAAGAAGUAGGGAGGAAGCUGCAGAACCCUGCAUCUCCAGUCAAGACUCCAUCACCAGAGACAGGUACCAGUCCAACAUACACCACUCAGGGCAAUGGAUCACCGCAACAAAUGGACAGUGCUGUCUCCCAGCCUCCCAAAGAAAAUACAGAGUGGUCUUUUGCUUUUGAACAGAUCCUCGCAUCUCUUCUAAAUGAACCUUCCCUUGUUCGAUUCUUUGAAAAGCCUACCGAUUUGAAAGCCAAGUUAGAAGCUGCGAGGACCUCUCAAAUCCGAGCUAGCAAACGAGUGUAAGAACUGUCAGUCUGCUACACUAACCACUACAUGAAGAGGCCACAUUUCCUGUUGCAUUCUGUUCUCAGAUGUGUUGAAGUUCUCAAUCACUUUUAUAACAUUUUCAGGGCUACAAUGCAGUUUAUUACUUAGGUAGAGCCUGCACU